AUUACUUUAUUGUGGCUAGAUAGUUUAGUCUUGGUGUUUUGCAAUUAAUUAUCUUCAAAAAUUCGGAGAUAUAUAUUUUAGUGUCAUCAGAGGAGGAAAUAGUGACGUCAACCAUAUAAAUAAUUCCAUUGAUCCUAUUAAACCUCUCCUAUUAUUGAACACGAGAAGAUUGUCAAACUGAGUAUCAUCAUUCUAAUCAUUUACAAUGCCUACAUACACUGGAUCCUGCUACUGCCGCAAAAUACAAUAUAACCUAACCCUCUCCUCACCCGAUGAGGCACGCACAUCUAUCUGUCACUGCCGAAACUGCAAGAAAGCCUUUGGAACAAACUACGGCCUUACGGCAAAAGUCCCCAAAGAUGCGUUCCAGUUGACGUCAGGAAUGCCCAAAGAGCAUGUCUCGGAUAAUGGAUCCGGGGCGAUGAUCCAUCGUGAGUUUUGCGGGGAUUGUGGGAGUUUUAUCCUAGAGUAUGGGGAUGCUGUUAAACAUCAAUUCCGAUAUAUUUGUGUAGGCUCGCUGGAUUCUCCUGAGGCUUUGCCCCCUAAGGGGGAGUUCUUUUGUAAGGAUAGGGCGACGUGGAUGCCCGAGAUUCCAGAUGUAUUCCAUAAGCAAACGAUCAAAGAGUAAAUGGGGUGGCAUUCAAGUACAUCGUGUAUUCAUGGGCAACAAAAUAGUCUACAACAAAGUAGUAGC